ACCUACAGAACUGGGAUAGCGAAGUUCAAUUUAAUUCGGUAGCUCGUAGGCAGCGGAUCGCCUUUUUCUUAGCUUAAUGGUACUUUUUGUAUGAAAUGCCAAAACCAGAGGAACUUGAUCAAGCCGAGAAGCAAGGCUCAAAUUUAAGCGAAGUGAAAAUAGAUCCACAACGCCGUCAGCAUGUCCCUUAUAUAUUGAACGGUGAGCUUUAUCGCAUUGAAAGUCAAGUUGGGGACAAUGUGACCGUCAAGUGUUGUUCUUGUCCGCCGGAUCGAAUAUAUCGGGGCAGUGUACGUUCUACGGGAAAUUUUCACAUGCAUAUCAAGCGGAGGCAUGCAUCUUUGCUGGGCAAAUUGCAUGAAAUGAAGGUUGCAGCAUUGGUAGAACGGCGGGAUCGUAUUAUGAAAAACCGACGCAUUGCUAAAUGUCAUAAAAAAUCCACACCGUCGGUCGCUGUUUCAGCCUUAGCUGCAAUUACCGACGCCUCGUCAAUAGAAGUGCCAAAGAGCGCAGAGACACACGAGCUUAAAAUUAAAACGGUAUUUCAACGACACAAGCAAGAGCAUCACGAACAGGAGGAAGCAGCGGCCAUACGAACAUCGAUUUCAAUCAGCGAUUCGUCGAUGGACAAUAGCCAGAGUUCUGAAAAAUUAUCCGAUACGGCCUCAAAUCAAGACAAUAAUAAUAACAAUAAUCUUAAUUCAACGCAAAAUAAUCAUAAUAAUAAUCAUAUUCAAGGUGUACAAAGUCCAUCAACUCUAAGUUCAACAAUGUUUUGCCCCACAUUCGUGCCGAAUCCUCAGAUCAAACAUGCAAUUGACUUUCCAGCCAUGGUUAGCAUACCGCGCAUGCUUCCCAUCAAUGCGAUUAAGCCGGAGCAGCAGCCACAGGCUCUAUACGAGCAGCCGGAGGCGAUUGAUCUCAGCAGAAGGUCAUCGAUGCAAAGCGAUGACAUGGUGCAUGGACGCUUCACCCAGGAGGUGCAGAACGUACAAAUUGGCGUAUCGCCUGGACAGGAAUUAACUCCAUUCGUUAACGGACCUCCACGCGAUAUUUUGAAGCGCAUUGAUAACACUUUGGCCGAUAUUAAGGAUGAGCUGCAGACACGCAAUGAAAUCGAGCGUAAACGUUUAUUGUUCGACGUGGCUAAAUUUCAGUUUCUGCACCCUAAUUUUAAUUUCGAAUCGACCUCAUAAAAAUAAUAACGGCGCACCUUUUGCCAUUCCAUAUAAUUCGUAUGCUAAAUAAAAUAACAUACUUUUGGUAUAUUUUUGUUCAAAAGAACAUUGAGCUAGUUUCGUAUUCGAUUGUUAGCAGUAAUCGAAACACUUGUGCGUGCGGGGCAAUAAAACAGCUUGUCUGUGAACAUUA